AUGUCACUUGUUGUAUCUUUAUCAUCACCAACAGCAGAAGAAUGGUCAAAUGAAAAUUCAAGAGAAAUUCAUUACACCAACGGAUCUUUAGGUUGGAGUGAAUGUAAUCGUUCAGUCGAACCAAUUGGUGAAGAGUUUGAAUUAGUUUGGAGUAAAGUCAAAAAGGGUGAUGUCGAAAUCAUUGGCUUGGUUAGUGCCACUUCAGAUGACAAGAAAUCUCAAGAUUCAAAUGAUGAUGACAACAUUGACGAAUUAAAAGAAAACUAUAAAAAUAAUCAUAAAGAGUGGACUAAAACUGGUAAAGAUGUUAAUCAUUACAAAAUCAUGGGUUUAGAUCAUUUACGUUGGAGAGCUACCGAUAAUGAUAUUAAAUUAGCAUAUAAAAAAAUGAUUUUAGUUGUUCAUCCAGAUAAAAAUCAAGAUUUAGGUGGUAAUGAUGAAGCAUUUAAAGCAUUAGUUAAAUCAAAUAAUAUUUUAAGUGAUAUUAAAAAGAGAAGAGCAUACGAUUCAACCGAUCCAUUUGAUGAUGAUAUUCCAACAGCCGAUGAAGAAGGUGACUUUUUCGAAAUCUAUGAACCAGUAUUUGAUAGUAACUCUCGUUGGUCAAACGUUCAACCAGUACCAAAACUUGGUGAUAUGGAUACUCCAUAUGAUAAGGUUGUUAAAUUCUAUAACUUUUGGUGGUCAUUCAAGUCAUGGAGAGAUUUCACAUUUGAAGAUGAUCAUGAUUUAGAUAAUGCAGACUCUCGUGAAGAGAAACGUUGGAUGGAGAGAGAGAAUGAAAAGAAACGUGUCAAACAAAGAAAGAUCGAAGCUGCACGUAUUCAAGAUCUCGCCAAUCUCGCCUACAAAAAAGAUCCACGUAUUCAAAAGAAAUUAAAAGAAGAAGACGACAAAAAGAAUGCACACAAGAAUGCCAAAAACGAAGCCAAGAGAAAGGCACAAGAAGAAAAAGAAGCCGCUGAAAAAGCUGAAAAAGAAAGAGUCGAAGCCGAAGAAAAGAGAAAGAAAGACGAAGCCGAAGAAAAGAAACGUGUCAAAGCUGAACAAACCGCAUUAUUAAAGAAGGGUAAGAUCCAAUUCCGUGACAUUUGUAAAUCAUUCCAACCACCACAAAAGAUUGAAGAUGUUGAAUUGGUCAUCGCCACCUUGGACAACCUCCAAUUAGGCGAGCUCACCAAAGAAAUGGAAACCAAAAAUAAUGUCACCGAUAAGAAAGCAGUUUUCCUCGUCCAAUUGAACGAAAUUCAAGAGAAACAAAGAGAGGCCGACAGACUCUAUCAAGAGCAAAGAAAAGCAUUACUCAACAAUAAGAAAGAAGCUAAACCAGAGAGACCAUGGACUGAAGAUGAACUCCAUCUCUUGGCUAAAGCCAUCCAAAAGUUCCCACCAGGUGUUACCAAACGUUGGGAAUCCGUUGCAUCUUGUAUUCCAACUCGUUCUUUGAAAGACGUUAUCGCCAAAGCUAAAACCUCACAACCAACUCAACAACAAUCUUUCUCAAAACCAGAAGCUGCUCCAUCAGGUUCCGAUUAUGAUAAAUUAAAAGCCAAAGUUGGUCAUAUGGAAAUUAAAUCUGAACUCAGUUCAAAAGUUGACCUCGGUCAAUAUCCAGUAGGUACCACUUCAAAUGGCACUGAAUCAACCACUACCGCCACCGCUCCAUCAACUGUCGACACCGCCAAACCAGCCGCUAAAAAAGAAACUACCACUACCACUGCCUCUGUUGAAUGGACACCAGAAGAACAAAAACUCUUGGAAGAAGCUUUACAAAAAGUCGAUAAAAAUGCUGAAGAUCGUUGGGAUCAAAUCGCAGCUCGUCUCGGUACUAAAUCUAAAAAAGAUUGUGUUGCUCGUUUCAAAUAUUUAGCUACUAUGGUUAAAAAUAUCCAACCAACUAAAUAA